CCUAGGCGUGGUAGACAUACACGCUUGCUUAGUGUAGGUGUGCACCAGAACUGAUCAAUCCUAUAAUUCGUUGCACUAUUUGAGAAUGACACAUUAUUUUAAUAGUGUGUUUACAUCAGGUCGAGGAAUCAUUGUGCGUGUUUUACUUUCAUAGUGAAUUUGAAGGAAGAAAAAUCAGUUCCAGAAUAACUUAUUUCGUCAGAUAUUAAAAAUCAUAAUAUGAAACUCAAUAACAGGUUUGUAUGUCAAUUGCAAGCUUUUUGUAAAUAUUUCCUCGCUAUACAAAAAUAAGGCGUAGUUAGGAAGGGUUUCAAGCUCAGUUUAAAUUAUCAUCUCAUAAAUGUAUCUGCCCCUGCAAGACUCAUCUCUCGCAAGACAAAUCACCUCAAAAAUAUACCUCUUGCUACAUUACACAUCUCUUUGUCACGCUUUAGUAAACAUAUCUAAUUCUCAUGCUCGAAUAAACGUAUCAAAUGCUGGGGAUAAAAUACAGUUAUCUAAAUUCUCCGUUAAAAGUCUUGUUAAAAUAAAUAUGAACCUUACAAUUCUUAUAUCUGUCGAUAUAAAUCUAAACUGGACAACUAGACAAUUCUUAUAUUUUAUCUAAUCAUAAAAAUCUAAACUGUACAGUUCUUAUGCUAUAUCUAUCUACAUAAAUCUAAACUGUACAGUUCUUAUGCUAUAUCUAUCUACAUAAAUCUGAACCCAACCAUUCUUAUCUUAUAUCUAUAUAUUAUUAGAGGCGUCUUAUAUUAAGUCAUCUUUUCACGCGUAUGAACUUUAACUGACCCCAAGUUCGGCACCGCGACGGGGUGUGGCUUAACGACAAAUAGUCUCCUUUGACCUUGUCUACGAGUAAAAACAAGCUAUAGUCUUUCUAAUUAGAAUUCUGUAGAAAUAUCGAGACUUUUCGAGAUAGUGAAAUAAUGUGUAAGCCCUCUCUAGACAAGGCUCUACAAAAGACUAUACAUAUCCGUAUCGAUCUAGAGAGAGAAGGGAUGAGCGGAGACAGAUUGAGCUGAUCGAGAUUUGCCAUUGCGAUACGAGACAAAGAUUUGUUUAUUAAUAUUUACCAUGUGAGCGUAUGUUCCUUCUUCAACAUCGUACCGGUACAAGUCAUCACUGUACUGUAAGUCAAUAUCUUUAGCUUUAAUACGUUUGGAUUAUGUAAUUUUAAAUGUAACCUAAUAAAGUUAUUAAUCGUAAAUAGCCCUAUUUUGGGUAUUAUUUCUGUAUUACUGUAUUUAAUUUAUGGUAUCGUCUUUUGUUAUGUACUUUUUGACACGAGCCAUAGAGUAAAAUAAGAGAUUAAAUUCUCUACACUUAUAACGGUACGCAACAAUAUGUAAUGUUACUUACUAUUAUUAAGUUUUGUGAAUUUAAUCUGUUUUAAUAUUUGGCCCGUUUGUUGAACGAUAAAUAGCAAGGAAAUGAAAAGCAGUGAACAAAGAAAAGCGAUACCCAAGCGAAUAAUAUAAACACUAUUCAAUUGAUUACACUAUUAAGUUCUUAUAAAAAAUCAAUAUCACAUAUACAGAAAUAAAAUCUCUAUUAACUUACAGUAUAGCCGUGAAAGAGUAUAAUCCUCGAAAGAUCCAAAUAUUAAUAGCGACACAGACACAAAUAGUAAUAGAGCAAUCUUGUAAGGCUUCUAUAAAUAGAUUACAUCUCAUAAAUGUCUAGGGAAAUUAGCGAAAAUCUCUAACGAUUCAGGCUGGAAAACUGUUGGCUUAUUUUUAUAGACGGAGUUGGAACCUUUUAGAAAUUCUAGUAGUUGCAUUUCCUGAUAGCCUUCUUUGCAACACAAUAGAAUGUAAAAAAAAAACUUUUCCCAAUCAAGGGAGAGGAGGGUGUGGUACAGCGCUAAACAACGAAUCGGUGACGUCAAUAUCAAAACAAAAAUAAGGGGUAGGCAACCGUUGGACGCUUCAUCUUUAUAAAACAUAAUUUGCGUUAAUGAAAUGACAUUAAAUUGAAACUAGUUUAGGAAGGAACAUGGUUCAAGGUUCCAUGAGGGUAAAGAUAAAAAUAAGAUCAGAGGCAUUGGUGACAACAUAAUGGCUGGCUUCGUUAUGAUCCUUAUAUAAGACCUCCAAAAAUCCCCCAGGGAGUGUGCUGGGCAGGGCGUUUGUAAUGGAUACAAAUAUAAUUGAAUUAGUUUAGCAAUGGAUACAAAUAUAAUUGAAUUAGUUUAGCAAUGGAUACAAAUAUAAUUGAAUUAGUUUAGCAAUGAUACAAAUAUAAUUGAAUUAGUUUAGCAAUUUGAAACAUCGAGAAAAAUAAAAUUUUGGUACAAAAUCCAUGAUUAUGAAGUGUGUUACCCUUUUCCCAACAAAAUCCCUCAUUGUGAAUUGUGUUACAUUUCAUUCUCAAAAAAUCUCUAAUUGUAAAGUGUGUUACCUUCAUCUUAACAAAUCCCUCAUUGUGAAGUAUGUUACCUUCAUCUCAACAAAAUCCCUCAUUGAGAAGGGUGUUACCUAAAUCUAUAAACAAUCCUUCAUUUUUAAAAAUAUAUUUAGUUGUCAACGAUGAAAAAGAGACAGGAAUUUGCUCUAACGUAUUUCCUGUCGUUAGGUCCGGUGUUAAGUCAAGAAAAUAUCGACCUAACCACGCCACACAUACAAGACUCAAAAACAACAAUGCAUAACGUUCUGUGUGGACAAGAAUUUAAUGUUACGACUUAGUCGGGACGAAAAAAAUUGGACUUAAGGAUUUAUGUAGACUAAUGGCCAACAAAAAGGGAAGUGGCUAUUGUCAUUGUAAGGGUUAGUCAUAAGAUAAAUAAACAAUUUUCUAGAAAAUUCUAUAUUUUUCCUUGGGGGUACACAUUAUUAGGAUCCAAAAGCUUAUGGAAAUCUAAGUUUAGUCAAAAUAGUUUUAUACUUUCCUUGUAAUUUUCUCAGUAUAGGUAAUUUUUCUAUUUUUACGUUUUUUGAAGUUACUGGGUUUUUCUGGAAGUUUCAAUUUUUCUUGGACGGUUUUUAGAAUAAUCAAAUGUCCCAUGCAAAUUUUAGUUAAGCUCCAUGAAUUUCUUUACCUUUCUGUCAAGUUUUGAUAUUCAUUCAUAACUGUUUUGAGUUAUAUAAAUGUCCUUAUUAUGUGUUUGAUGUUUCUAUAACUUUCAAUGAGUUUCCUCGAAUAUUACGAAUUAAGAUUUAUAGAUUUCCCGUUGUAAAGUCCGGUCAUAAAGUCAGGUCAUUAGGUUCGAUGACAAAGACUUUUGAGACAAAACUUCAAUAGAAGCGACCACAAGGGCUCCAGCGACUUUUUCAUCACCAACAUUGUGUGCCGUAUUAACAAGUCCGUAGGCUGAUCACAGAAUACACUGAUAUAGACUUAUAUGACCUUUAAACACAUGGCAUAAAUGUUCGCCUUCGUUUGUUAAAACUUUUCUCCACCCUUCCUUGUUACGACCAAUUACUGUGGACUUAUUUGACCUUUCCCUUAUUACAUAUAUUAACUCUCUUACAUACUAAUAAUCUAUUUAAUUCUUCUUGCUGUCCUCUCGGAUACUAGCUAGUGUUUAUAUUACAUUUUAAAUGUAUUUUACUGUUAGUUGUUUGCUGAAGAAUAGGCUUCUUGCCGACACGUUCGUUAUUUUGUUGCGUCGUGUUUUUUGACAUUUUCCCAAAAUUUGUUUGACUUAUUUCCUACUAUCUAGCCUUCUCUCCUGUAAUACUAUCAACAUCUAAACGUAAUGCUAUCAUCACUGCACUGUCAUGCUAUCUUUUCUAUUUAAACAUACGACUGUAACACUGCUUUAAACACAACAUCGGACUGCGACACUGCUUUUAACGUUGCUUAUAACACUACAUCCUUCUACAACACUCCCAUUUACAAGACAUAGUUUAUCAAAACAUACCCAACCCUAAGCUGAACUUUCCAAUGUUCUAGACCUACCUUUACAGUUACCUACCUCUACAAAUAACUUCCUCCAGAGAUAACUUCUUCCCCAGGUAAUCACCUUAAAAUAUACCUACCUCUCAAGGUUACUAUCAGACAAGGUACCCAAAUCCCCAGGUAAAUACCUCCCCAUGUACCUACCUCCCAAUGUAUCUACCUCCCCAAUUACCUACCUUCCAAUGUUCCUUCCUCCACAGGUAACCACCUCAAGAGUACCUAAAUUCAUGAUGAGGUCAUUGAAAGACUCCCCCAGGUCCCAACGAACAAUUCACUGGACGCCGUACCAACAUUUGAUGAGAUACAGACAGCGAUCCGCCCAAUGUCCAAUGGCAAAGUACCUGGCCUCGACAUGAUUCCUGCCAAAAUCUACAAGGAGGGUGGACCAGCGCUGACGGGUAAGCUAUUGCGUUUAUUCCAAAUCAUCUGGCGGACGGAAACUGUACCACAAGACCUCAAGGAUGCCUCAAUCAUCCACCUGUACAAACACAAAGGUAACCACCAGACAUGCGACAAUCACCGCGGAAUUUCACUACUGUCCAUUGCAGGCAAGAUCUUGGCCCGAGCCCUUCUGAAACGCCUGAAUGCACAUCUGGAGCUAGGUCUCCUACCCGAAAGUCAAUGCGGUUUCCGCAAAAAACGCGGAAUUGUCGAUAUGGCGUUUGCUGCUAGACAGCUUGAAGAGAAAUGCCAGGAACAAUAUACAUACCUAUAGUCUACAUUUAUCGACUUGAAAAAGACAUUUGACAGGGUCAAUAGAGGCGGCCUGUGGAAAAUCAUGAAGAAAUACGGAUGCCCAGACAAGUUCACCAACAUCAUCCGUCAGCUGCAUGAUGGUAUGAUGGCCCGAGUGCAUGACAAUGGUCAAUCAUCUCAAGCAUUCCCCGUCAAAAUCGGUGUAAACCAGGGUUGUGUUCUUGCUCCCACACUCUUCAGUAUUAUGUAUUUCACAAUGCUGUGUAAUGGGUUUAAGGACUCCACCACGGGCUUGCCAGUCCGGUUUCGUACUGAUGGAUCAGUAUGUAAGCCUUACGUUGAACCCAAUAUCAUCAUCAGUGGACAUUGUCUCAACCCGGUGGAUAAAUUUACUUACUUGGGCAGCACCCUCUCUAGAUCUGUCGUCAUGAAUGAUGAAAUGAAUGGCAGACUCUCAAAAUCUAGUGCCCUAUUUGGCAGGCUCCGCAGCACUGUUUGGGACAGGAGAGGUAUCAGUCGCGAAACAAAGCUCAAGGUCUAUAGCUCAGCAGUCCUGCUCUAUGGAUGUGAAACGUGGACAGUCUACCAGCGUCGCGCCAAUAAACUGAAUCAUUUUCACACUACCUGCCUCAGGAAACUCCUCAAUACCAGGUUGCAAGACAAAGUCCCCGAAACCAAGGUCCUUGGUAGAGUGAACUUACCUAUUAUCUUUACUACUCUGAUGAAGUCUCAGCUCUGUCGGAUGGGACACGUAGCCCAUAUGCAAGAACACCGGCUCCAAAACAAUUAUUCUUCAGAUAACUCACGAUUGGCGAGCGCUCCCAAGGAGGUUAAAAAAAAAAGCGUUACAAAGACUCACUGAAAGUGGCACUAAAGGCCUUCAGCAUAAACCCUACUCAAUGGGUGCAGACAGCCCAGGACAGAGCCAGGUGGAGAGUUGCUGUCAAGAAGGGGGCUAAAUCCCAUGAAGCUAAUAGAAUAACCACAGCUGAGACACGCAGGCUUGUCCCAAAUAGCAACAUUAGGUCACCAUCUGAAGCAACUAUUCCAUGCCCUCGGUGUCAUAGAUUAUUCCGAGCACUGAUCGGUCUAGCAAGCCACCUACGAGCUCAGCGUAAUCCCAACCUCGCCCUAACCGGAUGACCCGAUGGUCCUAGUCGACUUCGACGGACGAACAACACAGCACCUAAACUCACAUGUACAUUCCCCCCCCCCCUGGUAAAUACCUUGCAAUGUACCUACCUCUCAGGUACCUACCACUCCUGGGUACUACCUCACAAGGUCCUCACCUCCCAGGUACCUGCCUCCCCAAGCAACAACCUCCCCCAGGUACUUACCCCAGGUGCUUAUCUUCCCAGGUAAACACCUCACAAGUUAGCAAUCUCAUAAGUUACCUACCUCCCUGGAAAAAAAAAUAUGUGUGACUCUAUUUGUAUUGCAAUCAAUAGAUCAACAAUAACUGUUUACUAAUGAAAAUGACCCAUCUAACAUGACUCACCCCUUUAAAAAAGCCUUACAUUUCUUAUCUCACAUUUCUCACAAAAGCCUUACCUUUCUUAUCUAACAUUGCUCACAAAAGCCUUACAUUCUUAUCUCACAUGGCUCACAAAAGCCUUACAUUUCUUAUCUAACAUUGCUCACAAAAGCCUUACAUUUCUUAUCUAACAUUGCUCACAAAAGCCUUACAUUUCUUAUUUCACAUUGCUCACAAAAUCCUUACAUUUCUUAUCUCACAUUGCUCACAAAAGCCUUACAUUUCUUAUCUCACAUUGCUCACAAAAGCCUUAAAUUUCUUAUGUCAGAGACUACAUGUCAAAACUCCCCCAACACUCACAACCAGAAAAGAAAAAAAAAACUGUUUAAAUUUCUUUUCUUGUUGGACGUUCACAGUUGCGAACACUUUUGUAAUAAUUAUGAUAUAAUACUAUUGUAGAAUUAAUGAUAAGGUACAAUUUUAGAAGUAAUGAUACAAUAAAAAUGUUGGAUUUAAUGAUACAAUACAAUUUUAGAAAUAAUGAUACAAUGCAAUGUCGAAAUUAAUGAUAUAAUAAAAACUUAAAAUUAAUGAUACAAUACAAAGUCAGAAUGAAUGAUACCAUGCACUGUACUGAUCUAUUUUGCCCACAGCUGUAGACGUACCUCUGUUGUUGUACUGAUCAUUGCAGUCAGCAUUCUAGUGGUCAUCUCUUACCAUUUAGUGGACAAACCUCACCGUUACCUGGACAGCUGGAGGUUGGAAACAUUCAACAGGUUCGGUGAUAUCUGACCUUUUAGUGAUUGAUACACCAAGCAAUUUGAAUAAUUUGGCAUAACCUUUGUAGAUUUAAAGAAAGUUAGACAAGGGAAUUGGGGAAACCUAUGCGUUGAUUUUGGAAGGUUAGCCUUUUAGGUGAUCAUGGAUGUUGAGCUUUGACAGUGAGACUGGGGGUGAGACUGGCAGGUGGGAGUGCUAGGUGAGACUGGAAGGUGGGACUGGAAGGUGGGACUGGAAAGUUGAACUGGAAGGUGAGACUGAGAUUAGCUUUGAAAGUGAUGCUGUAAAGUGAGACUGGGUGGUAAGACUGCAAGGUGGGACUAGGGAUGUGAUUCUGAAUCGUGAGACUGGAAAGUGAGACUAGAAGGUGAGACGGGAAGGUGAGCUUGGGAGAAAUAAACAUAGGUGAGUAUCAAAUCUAUUGUAAGAGAACAAUUUGAAAUUGAAACCCUGAAUGUUUACCCUAGUAAACCUCUCCCGUCUCAUUCUUUUGGUGACACUCUGUGCAAUCUGCGCAUCCAACCCCCCUUUUGACAUGCAUUGUUAUCUGUUGCUCAAUAGUUUAUGGAUCUUGUCUGAGUAUGAAAUUACGAUUUUACAAAUAUUGUUUACUAUAGAUAUAAAUCGUCUGUCCCUAAUAUCACCAACCUACCGAUACCAAGGAUUCCCAGUCAGCAAUGGACCAAUGCUUCUAAUCAUUUAUGGACCAAUGCCUCCAGUCAGCUUUGGACCAAUGCCUCCAGUCAGCUAUGGACCAAUGCUUCUAGUCAGUUAUGGACCCCUGCGUCUAGUCAGCUAUGGACCAAUGCGUCCAGUCAAGCUUCAAAGAUUGCAGCAGAUACUAAGCCCAAGAAACGUUACCUAAUCUACCUUUGUGAUGGCGAUGCUUAUUGCUACGGCCUGGGAGACCGUCAGCGUGGUUUGAUUGGUGUCUUCAUUCUGUCCGAAGUGACCAAUCGUCAGUUUGGUAUCAAAAUGACAGCACCUGCGCCAUUCAGAGAUUUCUAUGAGCCAAACAAAGUUCUAUGGGACAUCUCGGAACAUGAGCUUAUCAAUAAAUCAACUACAAUAAUUAAGGUACGGUAUUUGGGACAAAUGGGAACACGAGCUUAUCAAUAAAUCAACUACAAUCAUUAAGGUACGAUAUUUGGGACAAAUCGGAAUACGAGCUUAUCAAUAAAUCAACUACAAUCAUUAAGGUACGGUAUUUGGGGCAAAUCGGAACACGAGCUUAUCAAUAAAUCAGCACAGUUAUAGAGUUAGGAUAUUAAAGUAGAGUAUUUGAAAGUCUUGUAUUAUUUUUAAAAGUAUCCAAAUAGAAACUUGUGACUUAAUUUGUGUUGUGUCUCAUCCUAAAUGGACGAUGUAUUAACUUUGUAGAAGUCAUCUUCUAACAGAACACAUGCUUGUGGCUUCACAAAAGUCAAAAUCUGUGGCUUUCCUAAACAUAUAUUCUGUAAAUUAUGGAUCUUAAAAAUCCAACAUGUCCAAGCUAUUGAUUAUAACUUUUAGAAAUAUUACCUUGGAGAAACUUGGAUAAUCUCAUGCAAACUAUAUACUCUUGUACUCAAACACAAGUAGUCACUAACGCACCUUGAUGGCUGAUCUAACAUAGACGCACCAGUAGUAACUAAUGCCCAUUAUUGACUGGUCUAAUAUAUGCACCAGUAGUCACUAAUGCACCUUAAUGACUAGUGCAACAUAGACGCACAGUAGACACUAAAACACAAUAAUGACUAGUCUAACGCUGAAACACUGAUAGACACUAAACACAUUAAAUUACUAGUCUAAUAUUGACACACUAGAAGACCCUAAACACAUCAAUGACUGGUCUACUAUUGACACAUCAGAAGCCACUCAACACAUUAAUGACUAGUAUAAUACUUAGAAGAUCUUUAGCUCUCUUCCUAGUGUAACAUAAAUAUGGAUAUAUAUGGAUAUAUAUAUAUAUAUAUAUAUAUAUAUAUAUAUAUAUAUAUAUAUAUAUAUAUAUUCUCUCUAUAGAGUAACAUAUAUAUAUAUAUAUAUAUAUAUAUAUAUAUAUAUAUAUAUAUAUAUAUAUAUAUAUAUAUAUAUAUAUAUAUAAACAAUUCAUUAAAUAGUUAAAAAUAAUGCUAAUUUACUUGUAUAGUUUCGACAAUUACUGAAAUAUCGCCAUUACUUUAAAUACUUUAAAUGUGUCAAUCUCCAUUCAGUACUUUAAGACACAGACCGCUGAACUCAACCACAUCAACUUUAACGAAGCGUAUCCCCAAGACGUGGUCUACGUCAGGACCAACCAGGAGAUCUGGCGAUCCAUCAAACUCAAUCCUUACUACAAACGGAAGUUCCCCGACUGGGCGCGAGGAAGACGUUGCAAUAUAUUCGCCAAUGCUUGGCUCAAGCUUACAAGACCCACCCUGGAGUUACGGACUAAGCUCAAUGAAGUAUUGGUGACUAUAGCUAAGGCCAUGAUAGGGAAUUCAUCAGAGAGUCAGUCCUGCACCAACUGUACACAAAUCCAUAGAGAUGGGAACAACACCAAAGUUACAGCAAACCCGUCUCUGACACCUGGCAUUACUUUGGACAAAAUUAAUGACCUUAAUGGAUAUGCCGUGGCAAAUCUUAGAUUAGUCUGUGCCCAUGUAAGGAUGGGGCACAGUGACACCCUCCCGUUUGAGAACGACAGGAGAAAUAGUUUUGACAGUGUUAGCAAGGUUUGGGAUUUUCUGAGACCGUACGUGGAGAAAGGUCAUCAUGUCUACCUGGCAACUGACAGUGACAAGGUGAGAUAA